AGAAAAAAAAAACUCAGGCCAUCGUGGCUUAUUUACAGUUUCGAAGCCGAAAAUUUCUUAUUCAUAGCAGAACGAAAACCCUAGAAUUCCCACCCCAUCAUCUCAAUCGAUCGGUUUCAGAACCAUGCCGGUUGUAAUCGAUCGUCGGAAUCUCGCCGGAAACCGUCGUGCUUGAAAGGGACUUUAUUCGGAUUUUGCUGGACCGAGUUCAGGGAGCACUGCCUGCGACCAAAUUUUUUUUUUCAUUGCAAAUGCUGGCCAUUCGGGUUGUGUAAUAUAUAGAGAAGGAUCAGAUACUGAUCAAGGGUAAACUGAAAUAACCAGUUACCUAAAAUAAUGGUGUCAAUCCGAAGAAAUUUGGUGCCUAAAACUGGAUUUGGUUCUCUUGAACAUGGGCUUCCAAGGUGUGUUUUUGUCCUCUUCAAAAUGGUGAAGGUUGGGAUUCUGACCCCACAAAUGGACUGAAAAAGGCAAGUGAAGUCUGGAUUUGGCUUCCCUAAGGUGCACAUCACUUUAGAAGGUUUAUGCGAUGGACAUGUCUGAUGCCGUAAUUGUCAAAUCUAGCAGGUUGAAAUCUGUUGUAUGGAAUGAUUUUGAUAGGAUUAAAAAAGGCGACACAUGUGUGGCUGUUUGCAGGCAUUGUAAUAAGAAACUGAGUGGAUCAAGUACCAGUGGAACAUCACAUCUAAGGAACCAUUUAAUCAGGUGUCAGAGAAGGUCUAGCCAUGGCAUAGCACAAUACAUUACUGCGAGAGAUAAGAGAAAGGAAGGGACUCUUGCAAUUGCGAAUUUCAAUAUAGAUCAAGAUCCAAACAAAGAUGAUACCCUUAGCCUUGUGAAUAUCAAAUUUGAGCAGGCACAGUUGAAAGAGGACUCUGUAAGUACUGGAACUAGUAACUUUGAUCAAAGACGGAGUCGAUUUGAUCUUGCUCGCAUGAUUAUUCUACAUGGAUAUCCAUUGGCUAUGGUUGAACAUGUUGGUUUCAGAGGUUUUGUAAAAAAUCUACAGCCAUUAUUUGAGCUUGUGACAAUCAAUAGGGUUGAGGCUGAUUGUAUUGAGAUUUAUGAGAAAGAGAGAAAGAAGAUGAAUGAGACAUUGGAUAAAUUGCCUGGAAAAAUCAGUGUUAGUGUUGAUGUGUGGACUGCUAUGGGUGAUGCUGAGUAUUUGUGUUUGACAUCAAAUUACAUAGAUGAAUCAUGGCAAUUAAGAAGGAGGAUAUUAAAUUACAUAAGGGUUGAUUCUUCUCACACUGAGGAUAUGCUUUCAGAAGCUAUCAUGACUUGCUUGAUGGAUUGGGAUAUUGACCGUAAAUUGUUCUCCAUGAUAUUGGAUAGUUGUUCUACCUGUGAUAACAUUGCUGCUAGAAUCGGUGAGAGACUUCUGCAAAACAGGUUUCUUUAUUGUAACGGUCAGUUAUUUGACAUUCGCUGUGCUGCUAAUGUUCUUAAUGUCAUGGUUCAGCUUGCUUUGGGAGCUGUGAGUGAAGUUGUAAAUAAGAUUCGAGAAACUAUUCAUUAUAUUAAAAGUUCACAAACUACACUGGCAAAGUUCAAUGAGAUGGCUAAAGAAGUUGGGAUCCUCAGUCAAAAGUGCCUACUUCUAGAUAAUGCAUUGCAAUGGAAUUCUACAUAUUCAAUGCUUGAAGUUGUCUUAGAAUACAAGGAUGUUUUUAUUCUUUUGCAAGAAAAUGAUACUUCCUAUAGAAUCUGUUUAACUGAUGUAGAGUGGGAGAGAAUCACUGCAGUUACCAGCUACUUGAAGCUUUUUGUUGAGGUUAUAAAUGUUUUCACCAAGAGCAAGUAUCCAACUGCAAAUAUUUAUUUCCCUGAGCUCUGUGAUGUUAAGUUGCAUUUGAUUGAAUGGUGCAAGAACUCUGAUGAGUAUGUCAGUUCUUUGGCGUUAAAGUUGAGAAGCAAGUUUGAUGAGUAUUGGGAGAAAUGCAGCUUAGGGUUGGCAGUUGCUGCCAUGUUAGACCCUAGGUUCAAGAUGAAGCUGGUAGAUUAUUAUUAUCCACAAAUCUAUGGUAGCUCAUCUGCCGGUCGCAUUGAAGAGGUCUUUGAGGGUGUGAAGGCUCUGUACAAUGAACAUUCUAUAGGCUCCCCAUUAGCUUGCCAUGAUCAAGGUUUAGCCUGGCAAGUCAGUAAUGGUCAACUUUGCUUGCCAAGUUCUGCAAAGGAUUCCAGGGAUAGACUGAUGGGAUUUGACAAAUUCCUCCAUGAAACUUCUCAAGGUGAAGGUGCAAAAUCAGAUCUAGACAAGUACUUAGAAGAACCUCUCUUUCCACGUAAUGUUGAUUUCAACAUAUUAAAUUGGUGGAGAGUUCACACUCCCAGGUAUCCUGUCUUAUCCAUGAUGGCACGAAAUGUUUUAGGGAUUCCAAUGUCAAAAGUCCCACCCGAGUUGGCAUUUAACUAUAGCGGAAGAGUCCUUGAUCGUGAUUGGAGCUCACUUAAUCCAGCAACUGUCCAAGCUUUGGUGUGUUCACAAGAUUGGAUUAGGAGUGAACUGGAAAACUAGAAUUGCUUUUCCCCUGCAUUUCAACUGUACAUGCCAACUCUCUUAGAAGUAUCUCCAUUGUAAGUUAGAUCUUCUAAUUUCACAUUUCAAUUUUCUUGACCUUUUUGUAUGCAGAUUAUAUUUAGCCCAUAGCCUUAUGCAACUAAGCGAGUUAAUUACUAUUUUAUUUGUUAA